CAAUUCUUAGUAUACGUAUUUUUAAUUGUACAUCUAGUAAAACCAAGCUAUAGUCUGUUUUCUGGUCAAGCGCUGUGCACUUCACUUGUACAAUUACAUCGUAUUACUAUGUCUCUAACAGCAAUGCGUAGUGCCUUAGCCAGGGUUGGAUGUGGUAUCUCUGCAUACAAUCAUAUCAGGGCAACAUCGAUCACGACCACUCGAAGAUCGUUUCACGACUUUUCUAAUACAGGGAAUAGCAAUGGUGGCAUGCCUUUCGGCAAAGACAUGCUGGGAGGUGGAUACACACAGCAGCCUUCUAUGAACUAUGGAGCAGGCCCGGGCGAUGUAUCUGCGAAUGUUAUUCCUAUGGUCAUCGACUCUACGCCCCGGGGCGAACGCUAUCAGGACAUCUUCUCGCGUCUGUUGAGAGAGCGUAUCGUCUGUCUCAUGACACCGGUAAACGACUAUGUGGCCUCUAUUAUAGUUGCUCAGCUGUUGUUUCUCGAGUCAGUCGACCCCACCAAACCCAUCAGUAUGUACAUCAACAGUCCAGGAGGUGCCGUGACCGCAGGCAUGGGGAUCUAUGAUACAAUGCAGUACAUCCAAGCUCCCGUGUCCACGGUGUGCAUAGGCCAGGCUUGCAGUAUGGGAUCACUACUAUUAACUGCAGGCGAGAAGGGUCAACGAUAUGCGCUCCCUUACUCACGAGUGAUGGUUCAUCAGCCUAGUGGAGGUGCUUCGGGCCAAGCGGCGGACAUUGAGAUCCAGGCCAGAGAAAUCCUGAAGAUCCGCUCGACACUCAACGACAUCUACGUCAAACACACAGGCCAAACCCUCGAGAGAAUUGAGAAAUCGCUGGACAGAGACACGUUCAUGUCGGCUCAGGAGGCCAAAGAGUAUGGUCUCAUUGAUGAGAUUCUGUACAAGCGCCCACCUAGUGAUAAGAAAGAGGACGGCAAGGACGCAUCGGAUAAGAAGGACAGUGUCUAGUAGCUUUAAGGAAUCUUAGUAAACUAUACCAACUCGAAUACUGGGCAUGGAUGCAGAUUUACAUAUUUUGUGCGAUUGCUAGGCUAUCUUCGUAGUGUAUGCAUGAAGCUGCGAUACCAAGGUGCCGGCGUCUAUGUGAGACAGAUCGAGCAGGAUGGGUGAAGUGGCCUGCAUAACGGUGCCCAUUCUAUGCGUAAGUAAAGAUGUGUUUACGGUUGCAUAUAGAAAAAUAAAGUGGUAGGAGGUUUUUAUUGGCA